ACAGCCUCAGCUCCACAUGCCCACACGUACGCGCGGAUGGCUCUGCAGACGCUGGCAAACACACCAAUAACAACGACCAAACCUUCAAAUGCUCUGACAACUUCUACACGCUUCUAAACGCUUCCGGACACAGACACACCCGAGUUGCCCCCUCCGCUGGAAGUCGUCCUGAAAUCCGAAGGGAAAGAGAGCGCCAGCUGCUGGCCAGCGCACGUGACUGGGAAGGAAGGCGCUCCCGCCCAUGAGCCCAUGACGGGAUGGGAAAACUAUGCCUGGGGCCCGCAUCUCCCGCUGCUGCAGGCAGGACCUUGCACCAUCCGAGCAGCAGCGCCGUCGGAUGCCCCUGGAAGUGGCGCGGGGCACAGAGGGUGACCACCAUGCUCUCCUGGGUGCUCUUGGCCUGUGCCCUUCCAUGUGCUGCUGACCCAAUGCUUGGAGCCUUUGCUCGAAGGGACUUCCAGAAGGGUGGCCCUCAACUAGUUUGCAGCCUGCCUGGUCCCCAAGGCCCGCCUGGCCCGCCAGGAGCACCAGGAACCUCAGGAAUGGUGGGAAGAAUGGGUUUUCCUGGUAAAGAUGGCCAAGACGGCCAGGACGGAGACCGUGGAGACAGUGGAGAAGAAGGUCCACCUGGCCGGACAGGCAACCGUGGAAAACAAGGACCAAAGGGCAAAGCUGGGGCCAUUGGACGGGCUGGCCCUCGCGGACCCAAGGGGGUCAGUGGUACCCCCGGGAAACAUGGCGUACCAGGCAAGAAGGGACCCAAGGGCAAGAAAGGAGAACCCGGGCUCCCAGGCCCCUGCAGCUGUGGCAGUAGCCGUGCCAAGUCAGCCUUCUCGGUGGCGGUGACCAAGAGCUACCCACGGGAGCGAUUGCCCAUCAAGUUUGACAAGAUUCUGAUGAACGAGGGUGGCCACUACAACGCUUCCAGUGGCAAGUUCGUCUGCAGCGUGCCUGGGAUCUACUACUUCACCUACGACAUCACGCUGGCCAACAAACACCUGGCCAUCGGCCUGGUGCACAAUGGCCAGUACCGCAUUCGGACUUUUGACGCCAACACCGGCAACCAUGACGUGGCCUCGGGUUCCACCAUCCUAGCUCUCAAGGAGGGUGACGAAGUCUGGCUGCAGAUCUUCUACUCAGAGCAGAACGGACUCUUCUAUGACCCUUACUGGACCGACAGCCUCUUCACGGGCUUCCUUAUCUACGCUGACCAAGGAGACCCCAAUGAGGUCUAGACAAGCCGGAGCUGAGCCUCCAGGCUGGGACUGAAAUUCCUGGGGCGGGUGCUGAUGGACAAUGACCCAUGGAACAGGGCUGGGGGGCUGGCACUUUUGGAAGCUUUUGUUUCCAGGCAAGCCUCCUCUGUUGCUGCUUUAAAAAAAAAAAAAAAAUCAUUAAAUCCAAGCUUUUGAUUCA